AAACCCAAUAAUAAAAUUUCAUCCCCCCGCCAAGAAAUUGGAGUAAAAACAACCGCCUUCUUCCUCCUCCUUCCUCCCCCGACGGCUCCCUCACCACCGCGAGCACAAGAACUCUGGAAAUUGACGGUCAACGCUCACCAGACGAACUCAAGAAAUCGACGCCUCUCUUCCGCCGUGCACCGAACCACCCCGCUGCCAAGUGAUUUUCUUUGAAACUUCGCAAAAAACUCCUCCGUAAAACUCAAACUCGCACCAUCUCUUUCUCCAUUGCCAGGAAUGAAUUUUAGCAUUGAUGCCUGAUUAUCUUGGAAGGAUGGUUUCAAAAAUAGAUCCUACUUUGGAAACAGACGUCCACUAUGUUCCUGUUAAUGGCAGCCCAGGGGCAAAUUUGGUUUCUACUCCCAGACAAGUUGGAGAUAGAGAAUUAGAUAAACCAUCUUUGCCGCUCAAGUCAUUUUACGAAGGUGUAGAUAAGGGACCUGAAUACGAACAAGGACUUUUACUGCUUGAAAACCUGGAACAUAGUCCGGCAAAUGUUCUUGGGGUUGACACACACAUGGAGGAUAUUCAGGAAGAGCCAGAACAAGCUGUCUAUACUGGUGUAGUUAAGUCGCUGGAGGAACAAGAGGUAGAUUACGAGUUAGUUUCUGAUUCUGCAAAGCCUCGGAGCAAGGAAGAAAAAAACGACAAAGGUGCAUCUCCGAAGCCUGGAAGCUUUUCGAUAGAUCACCAUAUUAGCUAUCACCUACCAUCUGAUCAUGAAGGUAAAUUUGCAGUCUAUGAUUUGGUUUGGGGCAAGGUGAAGAGCCAUCCUUGGUGGCCUGGUCAAAUAUUUUACCCUUCUGAUUCCUCAGAAACGGCUAUGAAAUAUUAUAAAAAGGAUUGCUAUUUGGUGGCAUAUUUUGGAGACCGCACAUUUGCCUGGAAUGAAGCGUCAGUACUAAAGCCGUUCAGGAACCAUUUCUCCCAGGCAGAGAGGCAAAACAAUUCAGAAGCAUUUCAAAAUGCUGUGAGCUGUGCUUUGGAAGAGGUUGCAAGAAGGGUUGAAUUGGGGCUGGCUUGCUCUUGUUUAUGUGAAGAAACCUAUGGCAAGAUCAAAUAUCAAAUAGUUGAGAACUCUGGGAUUAAGGAAGAGUCAAGUAAGAGGGAAGGAGUAGAUAGAUCAACAGACGUGGAUUCUUUUCAACCUGAUAAACUCAUUGAGUAUGUAAGAGCUCUAGCACUUUUCCCAAGUAGUGGCGUUGAACGUCUAGAGCUUGUAAUAGCAAAAGCUCAGCUGUUAGCUUUUAAUCAACUGAGAGGUUCUGCUGCAUUACCUGAGUUCCAGUAUUACGAGGGGUUGGUGGAAUAUGAUGCUGAUACAAUUCCUAGGAAUCAGGGAAUGUCUGGUGAAGUUGAACAUGUAGAACAAAAGACCAGAGUCAUUACCAAGACAGGCCCUCGCAAACGGAAACACAGUUUGAACGAUGUUGUGCACCAAAGGAUAAAGGAGAAAAACAUGACAGAAUUAAUGGGUGGGACGACUUAUUACCUUGAUGGUGAAUUUGAUUCACACGAGGAAGAUGAUUUUAUUUUACCUUCCCCUUCUGCUGGUGCUAAGAGAAAAUCUCCAGGGUUCUUUACAGAUGAUUUCACCAUUCCGCAAAGCAGAAAAACUGUUUCUGUAGCUAAGGUUGUACAUACAACAUCUCCAAAUCCACAGCAAUCCUUUAAAGUUGGUGAUUGUAUUCGCAGAGUUGCAAGCCAGCUGACAGGAUCAUCAGCAAUCCUCAAACGCUGCAGCGAGGGAAGCAAUAACAAGCAGUUGGGGGAUGGUGCUGAUGAAGUAUCAGAACCUCCUAGCGAUACUCUGACGGAAAGCACCUCAAAGCAAUCUUCUUUGGAUGUGAUGCUCUCACAGCUUCGCUUAUCUGCACGAGAGCCCAUGAAAAGAUACAGCUUCUUGGGUGACAUUCUCAGCUUUUUCUCUGAAUUUAGAAAUUUAGCUGUCAUAACUCAGAGGAAAAGAAUGCGCAAAGGAGCGGGCAGGAAAAAGAAGCCUUCUGUGUCUGUUGUUGGAUCCCCUGAGACUUUUGAAUUUGAUGAUAGAAAUGACUCCUAUUGGACAGACAUGGUUGUUCAAGAUAAAGACAUGGUUGUUCAAAAUAAAGACAAAGCUAAACCAGCACGACAUAGUCAAAAGAGAAAGGUUGAACGAGUUGUUUCUGGUGGUCAUGAGAAGCCUCUUCAACCGAAUCCCAGAAAGAAUUCCAGGAAACAAUUUUAUCAUGGUGAUCAUGAUUCAGUUCCUGCAAUACCAACAGGGAACCAGAAGCAGUUGGACCUGCCAACAGAGCUUUGGCUGAAUUUUGGUGACAUGGGUUCUGUACCUUCAGAGGUGAAUUUGAACAAAAUGUUCAGGUGUUUUGGGCCUCUAAAGGAAUCAGAGACAGAAAUAGAUAUGCAAAGUAGUCGUGCUAGAGUGGUGUUUAAGAAGCGUACAGAUGCUGAAGUUGCUUAUAGUAGUGCUGCGUCAUACAACAUUUUUGGGUCAACAACAGUCAAUUACCAGCUUAACAAUACACCUUUUGUUUCCGUCAGAAGUUCACCCCUUGCAUUGACUAACGAAAAAGAGAACGCGACUUGAUGUCCUGUGAACUGCAUUCCAGCAGGAUGAGUUUUAGUGUUGCCGAAGAUUAUUGGUGCUUUGCAGGCUGGUGGAAAUUUGGAAGUGAUAAACAACAGAAUGGCUGACAAAGAAGGUAACCAGGCAUUCUUCUGGUUUUCUGCAUUUCGCUUCUUUUGUAACUUCAACAAUGGGAUGAGCGUUGAUGUUUACUUGCGUUGAAGUUGAGUGCUAAAGCACAACCACGACAAUGCCAGUGAGGCCAUCUUGGCAUCUAACAAGUUAUUAAUUUAUCUAACAUUUGGAUGGUUGAAUGAAUCAUAAUUCAUGUAUAUAAAGGAUUAUUAGGAUCUAAUCAACUAAAUGACAUUUCAUGUAAAGCAUUUGCAUGUUUGUCUAACUGAAGAUAGGUUGUGAAGCCAUAGCGCAUGUCACAAGGUCGAUGCAGCUGUUCAUCAGUAAAGUUGCUAACCUGAAUGUUGAUCCCCAAUCUUUUUGGUCUGACAUUGGGAGAAUGAUGAACAAACUAGCACUUUAGUUUUCUAUAGAGGGUUCUAUCCCACUUUUUGCCA